CGUGAAGCCCAAUGUAAAUUCCUCGCACGGAUUCAAUUCAACUACCCCCAAAAAGCUGAACACUUUAUUUUUUUCUCUCUAAAUUCUCUUUCUUUUUUCAGCUAAAAGACCCAAAAGAUUGAAACUUUCAUCCAUUUUCAAAAGACCCUUUUAAAGCUUCACAAUCUAGAAAAGGUUUAUUUCAACAUUCUGAUAAAAAUGAGUAUGGAGGCUGUGAAGAAGAUGUUUCGGAGGGUGAAGCAGGCGGUGAAGAAGACCAAGAAGAAGCAGAAACAGACUAUGUUUCAGUAUGAUCCAUGGAGUUACGCUUUGAACUUUGACGAUGGAGAAGAAGCUCCUCAGAGAUUCUCCAGCAAGAUCACUUUGAUUUAUGUUGUUUCUGUCAAAUUUUGACAAGUUAUCUCAUUCUCUCUCUCUCUCUUUCGUUUACAGUUUUGAAGCAGUCCACAUUUGUUUCAGUGUCUACCUCUCUCUCUCUCCUUUUUGUUAUUUUCCAUCAAACUUAGCUAAAGAUAAUUUUUCUAAAAACUUGAAUAGUAUUUUAUUUGUGUACUGCAAAAGAUCGAAAGCGUUGGCUCUUCUAAGUUCGAGUCAAGCUUCUUAAAAUCGAUUUAGUUUGGCAACAUUUGAUAUCGUAAAUCAAUGUGCAA